GUGACAAAAUUAUUGUCUGGAAGGGAAUUUGGAAGCGAAAAGACAUGGAUUAUUGCUGAAUUGGGUAUUGACGAAGAUCGUUCCGGAAAAGAAUUGCAGGAAUUUGUAGUAGAUUCCGAUUUGCAGAUAAUAUAUUUGCGUCAGCAGCAACAUGAUCUGCCGCAGUUCAAGAAUUACUUUUUGCGUGUACUGAAGAACAACUACCAGUCAUACUCGUUGCUCAGUUCACUUAUACAGCAGAUGUAUAACUGCACAUUAUCAAAUGGGAAUAACACGGAUGACUGCUCAAAGGUUGACAUCCAACGAAUGGCUCUCAGCUACAAGCAGACAUCUACUGUGGAAUCCAUAAUAAAAGCUAUUUAUGCAUUAACUGCUGUUGCAGCCAAUUUGCAGAAAAAACCACACGUACUGACAAAAUGGUAA